AAUGGUUGUGGUCCCCGCAUUGGGCGCCGCUGCCUCCUCCGUGGCUGGCCUGCUGUUUAAGGCCAGUUCAGCCUCCACAGUUGCUGCCUCUGCCGGCCUGGCAGUAGGUGCCUCCAAACUAAGUCUGGCCAUUGCUGGUGCCAUUAAGCUGGCCACUGCCAUUAUCGGAGUGGGUAAACUAACCAUCAUACCUUUUCUGAUAGCCGCCAUUGCCUAUUAUAAUUAUGAUCUCUUCGAUCCGGAAAAUCGUCCUUUUAAUGUGAAAGAAGUUGAUCGUGUUUAUGAUUUUAUUAUAAUUGGUGGUGGUUCAGCGGGCUCCGUGUUGGCUUCACGGCUAUCAGAAGUACCUCAUUGGAAAGUGCUGCUGCUGGAGGCAGGUGGCCAUGAAACGGAAAUUUCGGAUGUACCCUUGCUGUCGCUGUAUUUGCAUAAAAGUAAAAUGGAUUGGAAAUAUAGAACCCAGCCCCAAAACACCGCCUGCCAGGCCAUGAAGGAUAAGCGCUGCUGUUGGACCCGUGGCAAAGUUUUGGGUGGUAGUUCGGUAUUGAAUACCAUGUUGUAUAUACGAGGCAAUCGUCGUGACUUCGAUCAAUGGGCUUCAUUUGGCAACCCCGGCUGGAGUUAUGAGGAGAUUUUGCCAUACUUCCGCAAAUCGGAGGAUCAAAGGAAUCCCUACUUGGCUAAGAAUAAAAGAUAUCAUGGGACGGGUGGCCUUUGGACUGUCCAGGACUCUCCCUACAACACCCCCUUGGGUCCGGCAUUUUUACAGGCUGGCGAAGAAAUGGGCUAUGAUAUUGUGGAUGUAAAUGGUGAACAACAGACUGGCUUUGGUUUCUAUCAAUUCAAUAUGAGAAGGGGCUCCCGGGCCUCGGCGGCCAAAUGUUUCCUGAGACCGGCAAGAUUAAGAAAAAAUCUUCAUGUGGCCUUGUUUUCCCAUGUCACCAAGGUUCUGACUCAUCCCGAAACGAAAAGAGCCACAGGAGUGCAAUUUAUACGCAAUGGCAAGCUGCAAACGGCCUAUGCCACCAGGGAGGUAAUACUCUCAGCUGGAGCCAUUGGCUCACCUCAUCUAAUGAUGUUGUCGGGAAUUGGCCCUGCAGAUGAAUUACAAAGAGUGGGUCUGCCUUUGGUCCAUCACCUCCCUGGUGUGGGGCAAAAUCUACAAGAUCACAUUGCUGUGGGUGGUAUUGCCUUCCUUAUCGAUUAUCCCAUAUCGGUGGUUAUGAAUCGUAUGGUGAACAUUAAUACCGCAUUGCGUUAUGCCAUUACCGAAGAUGGUCCUUUGACUUCAAGUGUGGGCCUGGAAGCAGUGGCCUUUAUCAACACCAAAUAUGCCAAUGCCAGUGAUGACUGGCCCGAUAUUAGUUUUAUGAUGACCUCAGCCUCGGUGAUGUCAGAUGGUGGUAGCCAGGUUAAGGAGGCUCAUGGUUUAACUCAGGAAUUCUAUGACUAUAUGUUCGGAGAAGUUAGUAAUCGUGAUGUGUUUGGUGUCUUCCCCAUGAUGCUCAGGCCUAAGAGUAGAGGCUUUAUGAAAUUGGCAUCGAAAAAUCCGCUGCGCUAUCCUCUACUCUAUCACAAUUAUCUCACUCAUCCAGAUGAUGUUAAUGUUAUGAGGGAAGGUGUUAAGGCCGCUGUCGCCUUGGGAGAAACCAAAGCCAUGAAGAGGUUUGGUGCUCGCUUCUGGUCCAAACAGUUACCGAAUUGUAAACAUUUACCCCACUACACCGAUGAGUAUUGGAAUUGCGCCAUACGUCAAUAUACCAUGACCAUUUAUCAUAUGUCAGGUACGGCAAAAAUGGGACCACCCACAGAUCCUUGGGCUGUGGUGGAUCCUCAGCUUAGAGUAUAUGGUGUACCAGGCCUGAGGGUCAUCGAUGCCAGUAUUAUGCCGACGAUAACAAAUGGCAACAUUCACGCCCCGGUUAUUAUGAUUGCGGAAAAGGGUGCGGAUAUGAUUAAGGAGCUGUGGUUAAGUCCCACAGAAUAUCGUAAGAAGAGGAAUUUGGAACCCUUGGAGUUACACAAUGUCUCCGAUACUCUACUGAACUCGCGGGGGACAUACACCAAUGAUUUAAAUGAGCAGUCAUAG